UUUCUCUGCUCCCCACCACUAUCUUUCAGUCUCACAUUUUUCAAAAUCCCUAAAAAAUUCCCUAGUCUCCUCCAAUGGCCCAACUUAACAAUCUCUUAAAACCCUAGACCCUUUCUCUGGUUUUUUUUUUUCCUGAUUUUCACUUCUUUUAAUUAUAAAAAAGCCGGUAAAGUCGAAUGGAUGGAGUGAGUAGCAGUGGAAACAGCCAAAACGAUGCGUCGACGAGCGGCGGAGAAUCUCAAACGACGGCGCAACCUCAAACGGCGCCAAAACCGGUGCCGGUGCAAAGUGUUAACACUCCACCUCCUUUCCUGAGUAAGACUUACGAUAUGGUGGAUGAUCCUGCUACCGAUGCUAUAGUUUCUUGGAGCCCAUCUAACAAUAGCUUCGUUGUUUGGAACCCGCCGGAGUUCGCACGGGAUCUUUUGCCUAAGUAUUUCAAGCAUAACAACUUCUCAAGCUUCGUCAGGCAACUAAACACUUACGGUUUUCGAAAAGUUGAUCCAGACCGUUGGGAAUUUGCAAAUGAGGGAUUUUUAAGAGGUCAGAAACACCUACUUCGAAACAUUAGCCGGCGAAAGCCAGCUCAUGGCCACGGUCAUCAGCAGACACAGCAAUCACAUGGACAGAGUUCAUCUGUGGAUGCCUGUGUUGAGGUUGGGAAAUUCGGGCUUGAGGAAGAGGUUGAGAGGCUUAAGAGAGACAAGAAUGUGCUUAUGCAGGAACUUGUUAGGUUGAGGCAGCAGCAACAGGCUACUGAUAACCAGCUGCAGGUCAUGGUGCAACGUCUUCAGGGGAUGGAGCAGCGUCAGCAGCAGAUGAUGUCAUUCUUAGCAAAGGCUAUGCAGAGCCCUGGCUUUUUGGCUCAAUUUGUCCAGCAACAAAAUGAGAGCAAUAGGCGCAUAAGUGAAGCCAACAAGAAAAGGAGGCUCAAGCAGGAUGGUAAUGAUACUUCUGCUGCAUCUGAUGGACAGAUUAUUAAAUAUCAACCUUUGAAUGAGGCGAAAGAAAUGCUGAGGCAGAUUAUGAAAGGGGAUUCCUCUCCCAGGCUGGACUCCUUUAACAACAAUCAUGAAAAUUUCCUGAUCGGUGAUGAUGCAUCAGCAUCCAGUGGAUUGGAUGGUGGUAACUCUGCAAGCCGUGUUUCAGGGGUGACUCUUAAAGAGGUCCCACCAACUUCAGGGUGUUCAACGUAUGUGCCAGCUACUUCAUGGAUUCCAGGGCAUAGUCCCUCAGCUGCAAUAUCUGAAAUACAACCUUCCCCGUGUACAACAUCCUCCGAAGAAAUUACAACAUCGCGAUUUCCAGAUAUGAGUGCACUUGUUGGAGCACAAAAGCCAGCAGCCAUGUCCAUUCCUCAGACAGAUAUAAGUAUGCCUGAGGUUUCUGAAAUGCCAGAAAUGGUCCAAGAAAGCAUUGUUGAUAUGCCAGCAGAAAAUUACGUGGAAUCUGAAACUGGGAAUGGUGGAUUUAUCGAUCCCUCUACAUUAGUUGUAAAUGGCUCAAUUCCCUUACAACUUGAUGACCUUCCUGACAUAGAUGCCUUUUGGGAAGACCUUCUUGUGCCAAGUCCAGGGCCUGAGGAUAUUGAAUCAACGCCAAUGGAUAGUAAAGGCGAGGGAAAUGAAGGGCAGCCAAUGGACAAAGGAUGGGACGAAUCUCAGUAUAUGGAUAAUCUUACAGAACAAAUGGGUCUUCUUGGAUCUGAUAACAACAGGUCAUAAGCCUUUGUACCAAAAUGUACAUUACCUUUCAUUUAUUUUAGGUAAACGCGAAAGUUAUAUUUGUUUACUUUUAUAAUCACAUGAUCCUCUUAUUUUAGGUGUCAGAAAAUGACUAAUGCCUUCAUUAUCUCUUUUUAUC